AUGACGGAAGAGGAUCAAACUCUUUUAAGAACUCCGGAAAACCAUGACAGGCAAACUCAGGAAAUAGAAGAUGCACAAGAUGAAGCAGAAAAAAUACGAUUAAGUAGAGAGUAUGGAAUUAACAGGAGAUGUCAAUUAAAUGAAUUAACUGGUUCUCAUGCUACUAUAACGGCACCUGAUCUCAUGCAUGACGAUUUGCUUGGUAUAUGUAUUGUAACAACAAGAUGUUAUCCAAAUAAAAUCUGUUUUGAAGAUGAGUUUAUAACUCUGGACAUUUUAAAUGAAAAAAUUCAAGAAUUUGACUUUGAAUAUUCAGAAAAGUCAUCCAAGCCAUCAAUAAUAAAGAAAAAAUUGAUAAUAAACAAAGACGAAGAAUUUCGACAAAAUGCUUCGCAAAUGUGGCAGCUUGUAACAAUGUUACCUCUUAUUCUUGCUGACCAUGUACCAGAAGCAUAUCCACCGCAUCAAAAUUUCCUGAUGCUGUUACAAAUAUUAUGCAUUUCUUUCGGAGAUAAAAUUAUUGUUCCCAUGAUAAGUUAUUUAAAAUUUACAAUUGGGGAAUAUCUGCAAACAUUCAAAGAUAUUUAUAAAAUUCCGUUAACUCCUAAACAACAUUUUUUGUUGCAUCGACCAAUGCUUAUCACAAAAUUGGGACCCGUUAGUCAUUUCGUGACAAUUCGAGAAGAGGCCAAACAUCAGCAAUUCAAAAGAGAAGCUCAGUUCAAAAGGACCUACAAAAACCUACCCAUAACAUUGGGAAAGAAACACCAACUUUUCCAGGCAUCAGUUGUGCAAGAGGUCCUGGAAUAUGCUGAACAAACUGGACCAAAAAAAUUAAUUGAUGUUGACAGUGAGCCAUUUAGAACAUUUUUUCGCAACAACACACAUGUUUAUUCGACAACAUGGAUUAAAUUCAAUGGUAUAAAGUAUGAGGCUAAGAAAUGUCUCAUUGCAGUUGGCUAUGAUGAGAGGAACUUACCUGAAUUCAGGGCAAUAGAUUUCAUUUGCUUGGAAAAUGAGGUGGUCGUAUUGCUUUGUAAAAAAGUGAUAACAAUAGAACACAACUUAUCUAUAAUGGCUUACGAGAUCGAAAUUCUUGAUGAAAUUCAGGCUUAUACAUUUAAUGACGUCAUUUCCCACGACGUUUUCCAUACUCAUCAGUGUAAUGAAAGACAAUUUAUAAUUGUUAAAAAAGCUUUAGGAGAUAUUCAUUAA